AUGUAAAGUGAUAAUAACAUGACCCACUUUUUAGACUUAAAAAGCCCUAAAUACAUUAGAUCUAAUUCAAAUAAGAUAGCAAAUCUAACUUAUUUAUAAAGACUUGAAAUCUAGAGAAAGUAUUUAAUAACUGAACCCAGCAAUUAUAUAAAGACAUAAAAUACUAAUACUUUAUAUCCUUAUCUUGUUGAAAAAGUCGAAAAUUAAAUCUAAAGAAAUCUCUCUACUAAAAAAACAACAAAGAGGGAUUCUCAUCCUACAAUCAAAGACUCAUAUUUGAUUUCAAGAUUUCGAUUAAGAUUAUCUAAAUCUAUUGAAAAAUAUAUGAAUAAAUAAGAAAAUCAAACAAUAAUAAAAGUCUAAAGUUAUUAAGAAAUGGAUCCAUCACUAUUGACUCCAAGGUAAAUAAUGUUAUCAGCAAGAACUUAAAGUAGAAACAAAAACUAUUCUGUCUUUUUUAGAAAACUGAAAAGGGUGUAAAGUGAUCAUGAAGAUUAAUGUACUACCUAAACUAAUACAAUUAAUCAUAACAUCUCAUCAAACAGACCUUUUUCAUAAUACUAUUCUAGACAAUCAAAUUAUAUAAAAUGA